AUGAUGGUGAUGAGGCAUUCCUUGAAAGUGGGUUCAAUUAUUACAAUAACCCCUACUCAGGAAGACUAUGAAGAUAAUGAUUAUUAUACAAAAGAAUAUGAUAAGUAUAAGCCUAAUAAAGGUUAUCAAGAUUCAGUAAAAGAAUAUAAACCUCGAAAAGAUGGAUCAAAAGAAUACAAUUAUUAUGAUUAUAAUGUAAAGAAAAAUUAUGCUGAAAAGGCAAAUGAUCAACAAAACAAACGAGAUAAUAAUAAUUAUGGUUAUGAUAAUGAAGAUCAGAAUUCAUAUACAUAUAGAGAUGAUGAUUUAUACACAGGAUAUUCUAAAGAAGAUUAUACAUCUAAAGAGCCUUAUUCAAUGGAUAAAAAACCGGAUAGAAUAAAACAAAAGAAGAAUAUUAUCAACCUGAAAAAUAUGAGAAAAAAGAGAAAUAUACUGAAUCAUAUGAUGAUGGUUAUACUUAUAAGUAUAAACCGAAUAAAUAUCCCUCUAAGAAAUAUGAAAAUGAAGCUAAAAAUUAUGAUUCAGACUAUAGACACUAAAUAUGCACAUGUUCGCCCUCCACCUCAAUUAACACAAGUCAUUACACGACAGACAGAAACAGCAUUUCUCGGUCACAGUUGUCAAGUGUCACACUCAUCUAACAAACAAGUCAAUACGUGA